AGGCAGUUUUCAUCGUGUAGCUGCAAAGCGGAGCUGUUAGCUGAAGCUAGCAGCGGUUUCUUUAAUUUUUCAACACUUUUGAAGAAACGGUUGUUGUUGAGUCUUUUUUUGGGGUUCGGUUGUACGAGAAAUAAUCAAAUACCUGACAGUAAACCAACCCGUUUUAUUCGUUCUCCUGGAGAAAGAGCGCUGAGCCAUGUACAAUGGUAUUGGCCUGACAACUCCCCGGGGCAGCGGCACCAAUGGCUACGUGCAGCGCAACCUGUCGAGCCUGCGGGUCAAGAGGCCACGAGAUGAGCGUGGAGGCGAGCGGGAUGAGAAGGACCGUGAGCGACUGGAGAGUCAGCUCAAUCGGCAGCCCAACGCCGACAUCCUGGAGCACCAGCGCAAGAGACAGCUGGAGGUCAAAUGUGCCGAACUGCAGGACAUGAUGGAGGAGCAAGGAUAUUCUGCUGAGGAGAUUGAGGAGAAGGUGAACAGUUUCCGCAUGAUGCUGAAGGAGAAGGAGGAACCGCCUCCUGCCGCUGCUCAGAAACCAACUGUGACAGAGACGCACGCCCUAGCUGCAGCCAACCAGCAGAAGAACGACCGUCUUCGUGCUGCCUUUGGUAUUUCCAGCGAUUACGUGGAUGGCUCGUCUUUCCACGCCGACCGCAAGGAGAAGGAGAAGGAAAAGAGAGAGCAGGAACGUCUGGAGAGGGAACGGCAGCAGCAGCAGAAAUAUACCUUGGUGGAAGUUUCUGAUGACUCCGAUUCUCCUCCAAAGAAGCGCAGUCGGAAGAAGAAAAAGAAAAACAAGAACAGAGACAGCAGUUCAGACAGUUCGUCCCCAUCUCCUCGCAAAGAGAAGAAGAAAUCCAAAAAGAAGAAAAAGAAACGGGAGGUAUCUGAAGACGAAGAUGACAGUUCCUCGGAUGAGAAGCAGAAAGUCUCAAAGAAGAAAAGAAAAAACAGUGGAAGUUCUAGUUCUGCGAAAGCCAAAACUGGGCGAGGCAGAAGCGUCUCCUCUAGCUCAGAUCGGAGCAGCAGCCAGUCUCCACCAUCAAGAGGUCAUCUAAAAGACCAAGCUGCAAAAAAUGCUGAACGUAGGAAGGAGAGGUCACCAGUCAGGAGGCGACAAGAGUCUGAGGACCGCAGCCCCCAGAGGAGGCAGCAGGUUUCCGAGGAGCGCAGCCCCCAGAGGAGGCGGCGGGGGUCUGAGGAGCGCAGCCCCCCACGUCGAGUAGAAGAAGGGGUGAGCCUGCAUUCACUGAGGAGGCCUAAUUCUGAAAGGGAAAAGGAGCAACGUAGGGAGACGGAAAAGACCAAACGGAGACAUGACUCCUCAUCCCCCUCUCCUUCUCCAGAAAAAGAGAAAAACAUUGAUGGAGGGAGAGAAAGAAGAUCUAGAAGCAAACAAAGGGAACGGGACAAGGGCCAGACUAGGAACAUGGAGAUGGAUACAAGAAAGCAGUCCAGAAAUGCAGAGUUGGACAAGAGGAGGCGAUCCAGGAGUGUAGAGAUGGAUAAACGUGAACCAAAUAGAAGCAGUGACUCUGAGAAAGGGAGGCGGUCAAGGAGUAUAGAGAUUAGGAACAAAGGAAAGGAGAGCCCCUUUCAGAGGAUUAGGCGGGACCCCUCUUCAUCAUCUUCUUCUCCUCCACCUCAAAAAGACACAAGGGGGGAAAGAAGCAGAAUCCCUGAGCGCGAAAAAGACAGAAACAAACUGCAAAGAACAGCAAGACACGAUUCUUCAUCUCCUUCCCCUUCUCCUGAAAAGGAGAGGACAAGGAAAGGAAGGAGUAGAGAUAAAGAACGUGCAACUGAAAAAGACAUUCAGUCAACGUUGCGCACACGAAGUGAAAGAGACAUUAAAGAGGCUGAAAAUCUGGAUAGACGACCCUCUCCUCCCCAGGAGCGAGGGGACAUAAGGGGCGGCCGUCUGGCUCGUGACUCCCCUUCGCCCAAGCGCUGUCAGUCCUUUACCAAUGGAAGCCAGCUUGAGAGGGAGCAUGAGCGAAGACAAGAAACAAACAAGGAAAGAUCAACAGACAGGUACUUAAAUAAACAGAGGGAAGAAAGUGGAGAAAAAAGGAGAAAGGAAGCUCAGGUCCAGUCAUCGGUAGAGGAUAGGAGAGACGGGUCAAAGCCUUCGGAAAGAUCACGGAGCGAUCCACAGGAGAAGUUGAAAAGCCCAGUGAAAGAGAAAAGGCGAGAGGACAAAAUAAAACAACCCGAGAAACGACGCGAAAGCAGCAGCAGUGGCAGCGGCAGCAGUAGCAGUGACAGUGACAGCUCAUCAUCAUCUUCCUCUUCGUCUUCAUCAUCCUCUUCUUCAUCAUCUUCUUCUGAAGAUGAAGGCAACUCCAAUAAAGUUGCGUCACCGGAGCGGGAAAGAAAUGUUCCCAGGAAAAGCACUGCAUCCGCCAUUGGAGCUGCUGUUGAACGGUUUCUGGCCAACGGGAAGAAGGAAGGCUCUCUCUCAGCUUCGGAAGUUGAUGGAGCCAGACGUCCCCUCAGAGACCGGGAACCAGAAUGGGACAAACCUGAACGUGAAAGACCUCCUCUCAAAGAACCCACAGAAGAUGGUUCUCCACAGGGAAAGGGAAAAGAGCGUUACAGUCCCACUCAGGUAGAGAGCCGCAGCCCAUCCCCCUCCCCACCCAGCAGACCAGAAAACAGCAGAGGCAGAAGGUACUCUCCUGAGACCAAAACCAGUGACAGGGAAAGGGCAAAAGACGAGGACGCCACCAAGAAGACCACAAGAUCUAGCCCCACUGAAAGUUCACCGUUUCCUCCACAGAGGACCUCCACCGUCCCACCAGCCACCCGAACACCACCAAGGCAGUAUCAAGAACCCCCACCACGGUCCAGAAGACCGUCCCCUCCUUUAGCCCCGAGAGAAUGGGAGAGGGGAGGGAGAAGGAGCAGGUCCAGAAGUGCCAGGAGGCGCAGCAGGAGCCCGAGGAGACGCAGUGGAUCUAGGCCUACAAGUCUAAGGAGGCGUAGCGGGUCUAGACCCAGAAGUCCCAGGAGGCGUAGCCGGUCUAGACCCAGAAGUCCUAGAAGGCGUAGUGGGUCUAGACCCAGAAGUCCGAGAAGACGCAGCCGGUCUAGGCCCAGAAGUCCCAGGAGGCGAAGUGGUUCUCGCCCCAGAAAUCUGAGGAGACGCAGCGGUUCUCGUCCCAGGAGGCGCAGCGGUUCUCGUCCUAGAAGUCCAAGAAGGCGCAGCGGUUCUCGUCCCAGGAGGCGCAGCGGUUCUCGUCCCAGAAGUCCCAGGAGGCGCAGCGGAUCUAGGUCGAGAAAUCUGAGAAGGCGCAGUGGGUCCAGGCCCAUAUCCAGACCUAAAAGUCCAAGAAGGCGCACAAGAUCAAGGUCCAGGAGUCCAAGGAAGCGCAGCAGAUCCACUUCAAGAAUCCUCAGAAGGCCAAGUCCCCCCAGCAGGCCGCGUCAAUCUCCGUCUCCACUGAGGCGAAGGAGGAGCAGUCGCUCCCUCUCUACAGAGAGGCAAAGGGAGCGUGACAGAGGCCGGCAGAGGGACGAGCAACAGCCUGCAAAGGCAGUCUCCCCACCCCAAAGAUCCUCCUCAUCUUCAUCUUCCUCUAGCUCCUCCUCCUCCUCAUCGUCCGCCUCUCCCUCACCACCUAGAGCGGUGAAAGAUGCAAAAGCUGCUGCAGAGAGGGACCAGAGUCCGGUUCAGGACGAAGGAAAGCCAAAGAGCCGUCCUUCCUCAUCACAGGCCCCAUCCAGGGACUCCUCCCAUGCUGCAGCGUCAGGCAGGAGAAGCUCGCCAUCAGAUUCACAACGAUCUGAUGAAAUCCCCCCAAGGUCCUCAGCUGUCAGCCAAUCAGAUGGCAGGCGGGCGCCUCAGGGUCCGACCAGAACCUCGUCGUCACCAACUGCCCACCAGGAGGCGGAGAAAGCUGUCAGGAAAGAAACCACUGUAAACGGGAAGGAGAAGGCCAGCAGGAGCAGCAGCUCUAGCUCCUCUUCGUCAUCCUCCUCUUCAUCAUCAUCAUCCUCCUCGUCUUCAUCAUCGUCAUCCUCAUCUUCAGAUAGCUCUGACUCUGAAGGGGAGGGAGGAAAAGGGAAGGCGGUGAAAGCCCAAAGCUCCAAUUCCUCCUCUUCCUCAUCCAGUGAUGAAAAGGAAACAAAGAAAAAGAGCCCUGCGCGGCCUCACCGCGUUCCGGCCGAUUCUCUGCGGGAUUCACGUUCUCUCAGCUAUUCUCCUCCCAGACACAUCCGACCUGCUCGCUCCUCACCUACUAGAAGGAGCAGAGUGUCGCCAAGAUCCUCGUCAAGCAGCAGGCGAAGAAAAUGAUCUGAAUAUCAGGAACACGUCCCUCCUUCUUCUGCUUUCUUGGAGCCAGCAGGCAGUAGAUGUGAGAUUUUUGGAGAACUCCAGACGCAGUAACAUUUUUCUUUUUUUUGUUUUUGUUUUAAGCCGAGACGUUGCAGGCUGCUCUUUGUAUUGAUGAGCUGAUAUAACACUCUGUUCCUGUGCUGAAUGUCCUGUCCUUCCUGUAGAUAUGAGCUGUCCGUAUUUCGGUUGUUAUUGUGUAACAGGUAAAUGAUUCCAUGCAAUGUGAGCAGAAACUGAAACUGGGCUAAUUUCUUUGGUGAAAAUGAUUGAUCGUAAUAAUAAAAGUAAUUGUA